AUGCUGUUUACUGGUAUUAAGGUAAUUCUUGCAGGGACAUGUGGUGUGUGAGAGCCAUUGUCUUUACACUGUACCACUCAGAGAGGGAUGUUGUGUAGAUGUCUUGCACACUACCUGCAGAGGUAGUGUGGGAGAAAUCUCUUAAAGAGAGAUUUGAAUAUAGAUCCGUCUCUUUACACUACACAAGUAUCUCUCCUGGACCUAGUUUGUCGUCAAAGUAGUGUAGGGUAAAGAAGCUCUAUUAAUACAACUCUACAUUACUCUAUUCAAGCCAAAAGUAUUGCUUCAUCUUAAUCCUCCAUUUCAAAGAAAGGGUAUCACAUGGCACGACUGCAGCUGUUAGCAAGGGGGUGUGAAAAAGUCUGGAAACUCCAACCGCUUUUCAAAUGGCAGAGGCCUUGAUUGACAGAUGUGGCCUGUGCAACAGGAGCCUCUGAUGGAGGGCUGUAACAGGUGCCUCUAUUCCUCAGUACUUCUAUCCCUCAUUGCCUCAUUGCCAUGUGGUCUGACUAGACUAGAGGCUUUCUACAAAAAAGCAGGUGUCUCUGGCUUUAAAAGCAGUAAAAAAAAAAGUCAAAAUGUCAGACAAUGACCAUUAGUUAUCUACUAUAAGUUGUAUUAUUUUUUAUUUAGCUGAAGCAAGACUUUUUGCAAAAUACAACAAAAAGCCGUAUGUGCUUUUCAAAAACAUUUAAUAUGAAUAGCCUUAAUACAAGGAUAUUCAUAAUUGUUAGGAUAAUAGAAGCACAAUGAAAAUCUAAGUGUUGAGGCAUCAAAGUCUCCAUCAGGCUGAAGUACAAUCUUUGCUAUUUUGUUUCUCCUUCCAGAUGCCAGAGAAAGCCGGCCACACCAUGGAGGAGGAAGUGGAGACCUUUGCCUUCCAGGCUGAGAUCGCCCAGCUGAUGUCCCUGAUCAUCAACACCUUCUACUCCAACAAAGAGAUCUUCCUUAGGGAGCUCAUCUCCAACUCCUCAGAUGUGAGUAGAUUAAUCAUAAUGCUGAAUUGACCCAUGUAACAUUUUACCUUAGUAACCAGCCACUUAUACACUGCUCUGUGAGCCAGUAUAGUAAAAAAGCUAUAUCCCAGAGUUAGCUGCUAACCAUGUUGUUAAAUUAGCUCAAGGUAUCAACAAUUACACUUUUUUUUACCCUUGUGACCUCUUUUUACCAUGAUCUGACAGGCUUUGGACAAGAUCAGAUAUGAGAGCUUGACAGACCCCACCAAAUUGGAUUCCUGCAAGGAGCUGAAGAUCGAGGUCACCCCUGACCUGCGCACACGUACCCUGACCCUGGUUGACACCGGCAUCGGCAUGACCAAGGCCGACCUGAUCAACAACCUGGGAACCAUCGCCAAGUCUGGCACCAAGGCCUUCAUGGAGGCCCUGCAGGCUGGAGCCGACAUCUCCAUGAUCGGACAGUUCGGUGUGGGUUUCUACUCUGCCUACCUGGUGUCUGAGAGGGUGACUGUCAUCACCAAGCACAACGAUGAUGAGCAGUACAUCUGGGAGUCUGCAGCUGGUGGCUCUUUCACUGUCAAAGUUGACACUGGUAAGCCACUUCAACAGUAUUGAUUAAUAUGCUGCUACAUUGACUUUUCUCCAAUACACUCCAACACUAUCAACCUACUUCCUGGAUCAGUUGAAUCUUCUUUUCAACAAUGUAAUUAAAAAGGAAGUAAGCUUAGAUCCAAUGACUAAGUCAGAUUUUUCUGAUCUGAAGGGGAGUCCAUUGGCCGUGGCACCAGAGUGAUCCUGCACCUCAAGGAGGACCAGUUUGAAUACUGUGAGGAGAAGCGCGUCAAGGAGGUUGUGAAGAAGCACUCCCAGUUCAUUGGCUAUCCCAUCACACUCUUUGUAAGUUCUAAUAGAACUUUAUAUUUCUUUGGUUGUAACAAUGUUGUAAAAUAUGUCAAGAUUGACUGAAAUCUACUGUAUAAACUAGGAAAGUAACCUGUUGAUAAAAGUGGACACAAACAUUGCUCCCCAUACUGGACAAAUCCUACAACUUUUUAAUAACAAACAUUUUCGUCCAGGUGGAGAAGUCUAGAGAGAAGGAGGUGGACCUUGAGGAGGGAGAAAAGGACGAGGAGGCUGAUAAAGACGCUGCAGCUGAGGACAAAGACAAGCCCAAGAUCGAGGAUGUCGGCUCUGAUGAGGAUGAGGACACCAAGGACUCCAAGAACAAGAGGAAGAAGAAGGUCAAGGAGAAAUACAUUGACGCCGAGGAGCUGAACAAGACCAAGCCUAUCUGGACCCGUAACCCUGAUGACAUCACCAAUGAGGAGUACGGAGAGUUCUACAAGAGUCUGACCAAUGACUGGGAGGACCAUCUGGCUAUCAAGGUGAGUCACUAUGAUGGCAAACUGAAAAUCAAAACUCAACCCUUAAGGGUUUGUCUUGAUCCAACCUAUGAAAUAAUAUGUUAGUAUAACUGUAUAAGUCAACGUUUAUCUAAUUAUUCCCACAGCACUUCUCAGUAGAGGGCCAGCUGGAGUUCCGCGCUCUGCUCUUCGUGCCCAGGAGGGCUUCCUUCGACCUCUUUGAGAACAAGAAGAAGAAGAACAACAUCAAGCUGUACGUGCGCAGGGUUUUCAUCAUGGACAACUGUGACGAGCUGAUGCCAGAGUAUCUCAGUGAGUACUGUACCUUGAACCUUUAGCCUUUCGUGGAUACGUCCUCAGCACCUCACUCAACCAUGACAUUGAGUAAAGCUGUAAGUAAGAUGUCUGACCAAUUGCCACUGUCUUAUCUCCAGACUUCAUCAAGGGUGUGGUGGACUCUGAGGAUCUCCCCCUGAACAUCUCCAGAGAGAUGCUGCAGCAGAGCAAGAUCCUCAAGGUGAUCCGCAAGAACCUGGUCAAGAAGUGUAUGGAUCUUUUCGUCGAGCUCUCAGAAGACAAGGACAACUACAAGAAGUUCUAUGAGCAGUUCUCCAAGAAUAUCAAGGUAAGGUCUUCCUCCCUUUGAAAUGGAUUUUCCAAUUUCCCGCAGAACUUCUCCUUCUCUUUUUGAAGGACCUUUAGCUUGAACAUUUUCCAUCUUUGUGUCUAGCUGGGAAUCCAUGAAGAUGCUCAGAACCGCAAGAAGCUGUCAGACAUGCUGCGCUACUACACCUCCAACUCCGCUGAAGAAAUGGUCUCCCUGAAGGAGUAUGUUUCCCGCAUGAAGGACACCCAGAAACACAUCUACUACAUAACUGGUGAGCUGCUCUCCAUUUUCACUCUCCAUUAUUCUUCCUUUGUUAAAUCAAUGUGACAAAUAAAACCAGUGUAAUCUAACUGUUAAUAACUGUGUAUCCUCUUCUAGGUGAGACCAAGGAACAGGUCGCCAACUCUUCCUUUGUGGAGCGCCUUCGCAAGGCCGGCCUGGAAGUGAUCUACAUGAUUGAGCCCAUUGAUGAGUACUGUGUCCAGCAGCUGAAGGAGUACGAUGGGAAGACCCUUGUCUCCGUGACCAAGGAGGGUCUGGAGCUGCCUGAGGAUGAGGACAUGAAGAAGAGACUGGAAGAGCAGAAGUCUCAGUUUGAGAACCUCUGCAAGAUCAUGAAGGACAUCCUGGACAAGAAGAUUGAGAAGGUACAAGCACAAUUUACCUGAACCCAAUCCCUCUGCAAUGUGUCUACGCCUUUUAAUAACAUACCCCUUUAUACACAACUGUCAAUAUGUCUACUAAUCACAGGUUUCAGUCUCCAACCGCCUGGUCUCCUCCCCUUGCUGCAUCGUCACCAGCACCUACGGCUGGACGGCCAACAUGGAGAGGAUCAUGAAAUCACAAGCUCUCAGAGACAACUCCACCAUGGGCUACAUGACAGCCAAGAAGCACCUGGAGAUCAACCCAACCCACCCUAUUGUCGAGACCUUGAGAGAGAAAGCUGAGGCUGACAAGAACGACAAAGCCGUAAAGGACUUGGUCAUCUUGCUGUUCGAGACUGCUCUGAUGUCUUCUGGAUUCACACUGGACGACCCUCAGACCCAUGCAAACCGCAUCUACAGGAUGCUUAAGCUUGGCCUGGGUGAGUUACAUGCCUUAAUGCAUUAUUUGCCCUCAACUGUUGUCUUGGUUGAUGGGGUUUAAAGGCUCCUCCUAGAGCAAUUUACAGGACAGGUCUGUAAACACCAAGUAACUUAUAGAACUAUCAUGGUAUCACAAUGGUUAGGAAUAUGGCUUUUGCUUUUCCCAUACUUUGGCUGUCUGAAUAGCAGAUUGUACACGAUGUGAAUAUGUUUUUCUAAUGUGGGCUAUUUCUUCCCCUCUACAGGCAUCGAUGAUGAUGACUCAGCAGUGGAGGACAUCCUCCAGCCCAGUGAGGAUGACAUGCCUGUCUUGGAGGGAGAUGAUGACACAUCAAGAAUGGAGGAAGUUGACUAAAGAUAUUUCAGAAGUACAUUAUUUUUUCCCCUUUUAACGUUUUCUUUUUUAAGUUAAUUUAUUGUGUCCCAAAUAUACUUUACAUUUUACAUGACUGUCGAGUCGUGGGGAAAGGAUUGUAAUUAAUUAAUCAUAAUUAAUUAAUACCAUAAUCAUAUAGUAUAUCUGCUGCUUUCAACCUUAUUCAACUGUAAAGGUCAACCGGGAUUUGACUUGUGUCUUUUUGUAUUUCUGUGAGCUAUUUUCUAUGAAAAACGACAAGGUUUAUAAUAAAAAAAAUAUCUUGAAACACUUCUUACAUGUUUUCCCUUUAUCAAAUAGUCUGGAUUCUUGUGAUGGAUGUUUAUAAUUCAAUCUAUUUUGCAUCUUCAUUCAUACUUUUGCAAUCACCUUACCCCCAUAAGGGCUCCCUGUAUUUCAGAUCUUUCUAGAGUAGACUAUUUUGCAUCUUCAUUCAUACUUUUGCAAUCACCUUACCCCCAUAAGGGCUCCCUGUAUUUCAGAUCUUUCUAGAGUAGACUGGAGGUAAAAAAGUUUAGCUUAAUCGUGAAAUCUUAUGAGGGUCAUGAAUGAUGACGAAUAUCCCAGGUACAGUAUGUACCCACUGUACUGAUUUGAUACCGCCACGCCCAUAAACCCGCCUUCACCAUAGAGUUAAAUGAAAGAGGGGCGUGGACAGAGAAACUGUAGGGUUUGAUUGAUAUUCCAUCACUCCUCUCAGUAUACACACUCAUCAUACACACAGUAGAAGCGUUAGGAAGAUUCCAGACGGUUCUGGAAGCUGAUUUCUCGAACACUCUCAGCGUCUAUAAAAGCUAGCUAGUUAUCCUCUCCCCAUCUUUUCCGAUAGCUGGCUAGGUUGCGUUUGGUUGGGGACCAACUUCUGAAGAAGAAUACAGGGAUAUUUCCACAGCAAGGUAAGACAUGAAAGACAAUUUAUGUUCCAACACGAUGAUGAGAGUGUGUGUCACUAUCCAAUUAAUAGAGUCUGUGUAAGUCCAGACUAUCAACAUAAUAUAUUCAAAUAUAUUUUACCAUCAGAAUAAUUCACUCAAAACAUUACAAUUGCAUUGUAAUGUGUAGGCCUAACGACGUUAUUUCAGAAUUAGUCCGCUAUUUCAGAAUAGGCUAUCACAUUCUCUAUUAAAGUUGACCUAUAAAACCUAUGCCAAUACAUCCCAAUUUGGGUCUUGACUGCCACACAUGCUUUGAUAAUCCAUUUCAUAAAAUGAUUUUAAUAACGUCACUUCACUGUAGACAUGACAACUAUCCAUAACGAUUUGGCUAAUAUUUAUUCAAAUUGGAAAUUCAUAAAGAUUCACAUUCAAACUCGUUAUGGUACCCGGUCGCGAGAAGGAGAUUGAGAUAGGAUGGAAACGUAUGAUCGAUGGUGCUGGUAGUUUCUAGAAUCAUGUUAUUAGCCGCGCGACCGGCAGGGGGAGUAUGUUUGGCCGUUGCACUCGGUCAGUUUACGCUGAGAUAUGGAAUAAUGACUGAAUGAAAAUCAAUAAAAUAUAUCCGUCCUUCUAAAAACGGUAUAAGCGCAUCAUCAUUAUGGCUGGUACUUACAUAGUCUAUCAGCAAUGUGGAAUGUAGAAUAUUUGAUUCCAUUUGAUUCUAUUCUAGUGCACCUGUCCAUAGUAGAAAAUGAUCAAUUUAUGAUAUGCCUAUCAAUUUCCUUACAAGGAAUUUAUUUAAGUUUUCUCUGAAAUAAGUUACCUAAAAAAUGAAAGCAGUAAGCUCACCACAUGGCAAGGACCUGUGGCUUCUCUGCUGUUGGUUUGCACUGGGUGGAUUACAGUAAUUAAGUAAAUUCAGCAGUGAUAAACAGAGAGGACAGUCUGUUACACCACCUGUUUGUCAUAGCUUUAAGACUGAAACUCACUGCCCAAAUGUCAGUUCCAGCAUUGUCUAAUGAUUUUGAGAAAACUAGUAUUGUGCCAGUGACAUCCCUACUACACUCUUAGGAAAAAAAGGUGCUAUCUAGGAACUAAAAUGGUUUUUCACUGUCCUCAUAGGAGAGUCAUUUGAAGAACCCUUUUUGGUUCCAGGUGGAACCCUUUCCACAGAGGGUUCUACUUGGAACCCAAAAGGGUUCUACCUGGAACCAAGUAGGGCUCCUGUGUAUAUAGGCAAGUUUUUGUUACUCAUUGUGUAUUUAUUCCUUGUUAUUUUUUUCCUAUUCUUUUUCCUACUAUUUAUAUUUUUUGCUCUACAUUGUUGGGAAUGGCCCAUAAGUAAGCAUUUCACUGUUAGUCUACACCUGUUGUUUACAAAGCAUGUGACCAAUACAAUUAGAUUAGAUUCUACCUCGAACCAAAAAGGGUUCUCCUAUGGGGACAGCAGAAGUACCCUUUUGGAACCCUUUUUUCUAAGAGUGUAGUGAGUCUCACUGACUCUCGUUGACCGGAAGUAGGCUUGCGGACUGUCAUAACCAUACAGUGACUAACAUGCUGAUACACAGUGUUUUAUUUGGGGAUGGAGUAGAUAUUAAUUUUUUUGAUGGUUGCAAGGGGCUGUUUGCUCAGUGUGUAUCAUUAAGUCAGAUAGCACAGCUUCGGCUGCACUAACAGUCAAAGGAGUGAUGCAAGGUGUCGGAAAACAAUGACGUGCCAGGGCGUGUGUGUAGUGUCUCCUUCUCAGUAUGUGUUUACGCUUAACCCUUAUUCAUGACUCCAAUUCCAUUGUAUUACAUUAACUUAUUGGACGCCCCCUUUACAUUGCCUCUUAACUGAUGACGAUGUGGGCGUUGAAACUACGGAAAGCCAUUCAUUUCCAAUGGAAGAGAAGCGAAGUGGGUAGAGGACCGUUGGGGCGAUGCGAGCAUGGGCGAGGGACGUGAUCAGAGCGGGACCAAAGUUGCGGAGAGCUGAACUUUAUGCUAUUUCUCCGCGACAUCAUGGCACGCUCGUUUCGAAACCCUGUGGCGCAACAUCGUGAGACUUCCAGGAACGCUUGCGAAACAGACUAGGCCGAGGUUUGCGAAGACAAUGAGAGAAGUGUAAAAUUCUUCCUCAAUUGUUAAUAAUCUCGAAAUCUAAAGGCACAAUGUAGAUUCGAACCACUGUCUUUAAGUAGUUGAACAUGUUAUUACUCCAAGCAAUCUCGUGAAAGUGAUACGUUUCAUUUUCGUCAAAAACAACUUUAUAUUGAAGGAGUACCUUUGAUUUGAAGCCCCGAUGACGUAUUUCUGCGCAUGAGUUAAGCGAGCCAAAGUCACCAUGACAAUGCCACCAACUGUGAUCGGGGAUUUCUAUUGGAGAAGCAGUUUUUGCCUAUAUUCAUACUGUACUGUCUUUGCUAGUGUGGCGAGGUGGGAUAUAGCCUACCAGUCAAAAGUUUGGACACACCUACUCAUUCAAGGGUUUUUCUUUAUUUGUAAAAAAUUUUACAUUGUAUAAUAAUAGUGAAGACAUCAAAACUAUGAAAUAACACAUAUAGAAUCAUGUAGUAAGCAAAAAAGUGUUAAACAAAUCAAAAUAUAUUUUAUAUAUUUGCCAAGAGUGUGCAAAGCUGUUAACAAGGCAACGGGUGGCUAUUUGAAGAAUCUCAAAUAUAAAAUAUAUUUUGAUUAGUUUUACACUUUUUUACUACAUGAUUCCAUAUUUGUUAUUUCAUAGUUUUGAUGUCUUCACUAUUAUUCUACCAUGUAAAAAAUAGUAAAUGAGUAGGUGUGUCCAAACUUUUGACUGGUACUGUAAGUGCUAGUUAAAAGGUAUUGUUAACCUUGUGAGGGAAAUCAUUUUUAAAAUACAAAAGAUACACUUACUGUACGCAGUUUAGGAAAGUUGCACCUGGCUGUAUUUUCAAGAACACUGCCUCCAACAGAGACUACACUUCCUCCCCUCCAAUUCUUGCUUCAAAACGUCUCCUAUGGAGCAUAACUGGGGAGGAAGUUUCGUACCUCAGCUGGGGGCUGUGUUUUCAAAAAUUCUGUCAGGUGCAACCAGGAUGUAUCUUUUGUUUUUGAAAUAUUAUUUAUUGCUGUUAUGAAAGUUAAGUUCCAAAUGUUUCCAAAAAACGAUUCAAGGAUUCUAAAUGUUAAAACAGCUUCUGGGAUUGCAGUUCACAUGGAACCAGCUGUUCUCCAUACCAUCAGCUGAGAACCCAAGACAGGGACCGUCUGUAAGCCAACUUGGGCCCCCUUGGGUUCUCGAGAGCUAGUUUAUGCUCAACUGGUGUGUUGUGUUUCCGUUCCUCAGUGUGUUUGUGCUCAGCAUGUGUUGUGUCUCCUCCACAGAGUGUGUUUACAGUAUAUUAAUUCAGCGUGUGUUGUGUCUCCACAGAUGCCGGAAGCCCAUGACACCCCGAUGGAGGAAGAGGCAGAGACCUUUGCCUUCCAGGCUGAGAUCGCCCAGCUGAUGUCCCUAAUCAUCAACACUUUCUACUCCAACAAAGAGAUCUUCCUUAGGGAGCUCAUCUCCAACUCCUCAGAUGUGAGUACUUCAGGUACCACAGGCGUUUAGACUACUUGGUAGUUUAGUAUUAUUUGAUGAUUUACAAAAUACACACACACAGGCAUGUUACUUUAAUUACUUGUUUAUUACACCACUAUUCAUAUUUUAUUACAUAUCUAUAGAUAGUUUAUUAGGAUGUAUUCAUAUUUUAUUACAUUAAAUAUUGACAUAGCCUGCAGAAUACAUUUACAUAUAAUUAAGAGUUUUGUUAAUCUAAUGCUGAGGCCAGUGUGUUGUCAAAAGCCAGAUUUAUUUAGACCUAUUUAUUUUCAUUAAACUAGGCUCUAGACAAAAUCCGCUAUGAAAGCCUCACAGACCCGUCCAAGAUGGACUCUGGCAAGGACCUGAAGAUCGAGGUCAUUCCCAACAAGGAGGAACGCACCCUGACCCUGGUUGACACCGGCAUCGGCAUGACCAAGGCCGACCUGAUCAACAACCUGGGAACCAUCGCCAAGUCUGGCACCAAGGCCUUCAUGGAGGCCCUGCAGGCUGGAGCCGACAUCUCCAUGAUCGGGCAGUUUGGUGUGGGUUUCUACUCUGCCUACCUGGUGGCUGAGAGGGUGACUGUCAUCACCAAGCACAACGAUGAUGAGCAGUACAUCUGGGAAUCCUCCGCUGGCGGAUCCUUCACUGUCAAAGUCGACACGUCAGGCAAGGACAGAUUAUAACUUUACACUUAACUGUACCAGAGCUAGGCCUACAUGUUAUGAAAUGAAUUGUGUGAACUGAAGAGAUAUGUAGGCCUACAGUUACACAGACUGUUGUUUUACUGGUGUGGUCUGUUCUAAACACUCACUAAACUCCCGUGUCACUCUACUAUAGCUGAGUCUAUUGGUCGUGGCACCAAGGUGAUUCUGUACCUGAAGGAUGACCAGACAGAAUACUGUGAGGAGAAACGGGUCAAAGAGAUUGUGAAGAAGCACUCCCAGUUCAUCGGAUACCCCAUCACACUCUUUGUAAGAACUAGCAGGCAUGAGAUAGUGGAAACUCCACUGAGUGAUUCGGAUUGGACAAGUAAAUGACUGGACGAUAAAUUGAUGCUGAUAUCUUUCACUUUUAGCAUUUCUAUAUUGAAUGAAAAACAGGCACAGUGAAUGUAAUAUUUCAGCCAACUACCCACAUAAAGUCUGCUACAGUACAUCAACUCAAUGAAUGUGUCCCCUAACAUUCCCAUGAUUCUCUCUGUUCAGGUAGAGAAGGAGCGCGACAAGGAAGUGAGUGACGAUGAGGAGGAGGAGGAGAAGGAGAAGGAGAAGAAGGAUGGGGAAGAAGGAGAGAAGGGAGAGGAUGACAAACCCGAGAUCGAGGACGUAGGCUCGGACGAGGAGGAUCACCAUGACCACGACAGCGCAUGUGGGGACAAGAAGAAGAAGAAGAAGAUCAAGGAGAAAUACAUUGACCAGGAGGAGCUGAACAAGACCAAGCCCCUGUGGACCCGUAACCCCGAUGACAUCACCAACGAGGAGUAUGGAGAGUUCUACAAGAGUCUGACCAACGACUGGGAGGAACACCUGGCUGUCAAGGUGAGGAUAUUCUAUUCAUAUUGGCCAACAGAAUAAGUUCCCACACUGUUUAUUUAAUACGUUUCCCUCUCUGAUGUGUAAAGUCAUAGAUAGUUCCAGUAUUGGUCAGUUGAUAAUGGGUGAGGUAAUUUCAUAAUGACAAAUAUACAUGUACAUUAAGGUUUCAGUAGUUGACCUUCUGUUUGUUUACUUACACAGCAUUUCUCAGUGGAGGGCCAGCUGGAGUUCCGUGCCCUGCUCUUUGUGCCUCGCCGUGCACCCUUUGACCUCUUUGAAAACAAGAAGAAGAAGAACAAUAUCAAGCUGUACGUCAGGAGGGUCUUCAUCAUGGACAACUGUGACGAUCUUAUCCCUGAGUACCUCAGUAAGUCAGACAGAACUGAAGUAGAUGCUCACAUAGGUCUGGGAAUGAGCUAUAAUCAAAUUGAGAAGAUGUCUGACCAAUUGUCUCUGUCGUUCUGUCCAGACUUCAUCAAGGGUGUGGUGGACUCUGAGGAUCUCCCCCUGAACAUCUCCAGAGAGAUGCUGCAGCAGAGCAAGAUCCUCAAGGUGAUCCGCAAGAACCUGGUCAAGAAGUGUAUAGAGCUCUUCACUGAGCUUUCAGAGGACAGAGAAAACUACAAGAAGUACUACGAGCAGUUCUCCAAGAACAUCAAGGUCAGUUUUAUACUUUUUUACGUAACAGUAUAGAACAUAGUAAAAAUGGAUUGCAUUAUUUAUACAGAGAUUCUCACUAGUUCUUUCUGACAAUUGAUGUGUAGCUGCACCCACCACAUGGGUGAUACAGGGCAGCCAUUUUGUGCUAGCAGGCUUACCACACAUCAGCUUUCAUCAUUAUGUAACAUUGCCUUCAAGGUCAACCUGAACUGAACUUAGGAUGCAUUAGUCACCUUGUAUUUAGUGGUAGACAUAAUCUAGGUGGAUACUAUGAUGACCCUUGUCACCACCUGUUCUUUUAAGAAUCCUUGGGGAACAUUCUGAAAGGUGUAGCUGUAGAAUGUUCCACUAACCUUUAACUGGUCGUCACCUGUCUGAUCCCCUCGCCAUCUUGUCUCCUCUAAACCUGAGAUAAGCGGCUUAGCCCAGUCAUUCACAGAGCUCCUUACCACCAUCUUCUGGCUUUCUGGAGUGGGUUUAAAUGACUAGGGUCAGACUCUAUGGCAUAUCAUUACAGUUAUUGCACAUGUCUUAAUGUAAACCUUGGAUUCCAUGUGGAAACAAUCUGCAGGGGGUGCACCUUUCUCAUGUCUGCCGAAAUUAUGUGAAAUCUGUCUGGUUUUAAUCUUAAAGGGGACGUUUACCCCACAAUCUAUUUUUUGUUUUGUUGCAUAAGUCCACUAAUUACAUAGUUAGAAAAACCUUACUGACAAGUAAGUAUCAUAUUUACAGAACUUGGGUUACUUCCUGGAAAAUGUCAAAGUCUUGUAACACAUCAUCAAUAUUUUUUGGGAGAGUUGUUAUUUAACCUGGGUCACACAGAUAUAUUAUUGGUAGUCUUAAAUCUACUUUGAAACAAAAGUAUACACCUCACACACAUGGUUAUGGACUUUUAAAAAAGGAGACACCUGUACUAUGUCAGAUAUAGAGUUGAAAUGUAUUACAUUUUGAGUUUGCGUCCCAAUAUGACACUUUAUAUACAUCACAGAAGACUGAAAUAUAACAAAACUGUUAGACAUAGAGAACCGGAUUUUCGUAGUUAUAUUUUUAAAUAAUCUUUAUUAAUUAUGAAAAAUAUGAAUAAACAUUCCACCCAUGAGGCCAAAGAGGGCGCUUUUGGUCAUUGACUGCAGGAAAGGGCUACCUAACCUCUCCUGUGUUUUCUCUCUCCCAGCUGGGGAUCCAUGAGGACUCUCAGAACCGUAAGAGGCUGUCAGACAUGCUGCGCUACUACACCUCGGCCUCAGGGGACGAGAUGGUAUCCCUCAAAGACUACGUCACACGCAUGAAGGAAACCCAGAAACAUAUCUACUACAUCACUGGUGAGGAAACACACUCCUCUCUGUACAGCCCAGUUCAUAGGUUGUUAGAUGAUAAGAACCUGGUUUCUCAAGUUGCUUUAUCUACUGCAUGUUUCAGGCGAGACCAGAGACCAGGUGGCUAACUCUGCAUUCGUGGAACGCCUUCGAAAGGCCGGCCUGGAAGUAAUCUACAUGAUUGAGCCCAUUGAUGAGUACUGUGUCCAGCAGUUGAAGGAGUACGAUGGGAAGACCCUUGUCUCUGUGACCAAGGAGGGUCUGGAGCUGCCUGAGGAUGAGGACAUGAAGAAGAGACAGGAAGAGCAGAAGUCUCAGUUUGAGAACCUCUGCAAGAUCAUGAAGGACAUCCUGGAGAAGAAAGUGGAGAAGGUGUGAGAAUGGUUAAUCACACUGCUUACAUAUAUCAUGUUGCUGAAGGGGUUCUUUAUGUUAAGGCAAAUGUCAGCAGGCCUGACGUUAACAUUAAAAUGCCACCAAUAUUUGCCACUGUAUUUACAUGCUCACUGACAGUACAACAAUUGCCUGAUUCAAUGUUGAUCUGAUCCAUCUCCCUAAUAAUCAACCUCUCCUAUAUUCUCCCCCCCAUAUAGGUGACAGUGUCCAACCGCCUGGUCUCCUCCCCCUGCUGCAUCGUGACCAGCACCUACGGCUGGACGGCCAACAUGGAGAGGAUCAUGAAGGCCCAGGCCCUGAGGGACAAUUCCACCAUGGGCUACAUGGCUGCCAAGAAGCACCUGGAGAUCAACCCAGACCACCCCAUCGUGGAGACCUUGAGGCAGAAGGCAGAAGCUGAUAAGAAUGAUAAGUCAGUGAAGGACCUGGUCAUUCUGCUGUUUGAAACGGCUCUGUUGUCCUCUGGGUUCACCUUGGAUGAUCCUCAGACACACUCCAACCGCAUCUACAGAAUGAUCAAGCUAGGACUGGGUGAGUUAGUUUGCUCAAACAAGGACCAUGUUUGCUGUCAAUAUAUGAUCAAUCCUAGUCCCUUACAUUUACAUUUUAGAUUUUUUAGAUUUUAGUCAUUUAGCAGACGCGCUUAUCCAGAGCGACUUACAGUUAGUGAGUGCAUACAUUUUAUUUAUUUUUUCCUUGCCUGUACUCCUUUUGUGUUUGCUGAUCUGAAGGACCCAUGUUGGUGUAAUCAAUAAGGUCAUAAUGGCUCCAUCUAGCCCUCCUUCGUUUUCUCAGCAUUAAGUGGCCUAGAUAUGAGAGAAAAGCUUGUUUAAGCUUCAGUAACUGACCGAGAAAAAAGCUUGUUUAAGCUUCAGUAACUGACCGAGACGCUCAAUUCCCUCCCUUCCCCUGUCCAGGUAUUGACGAGGAAGACCUGACCCCUGAGGAGCCAACCUCAGCCCCUGUGGAGGACAUGCCUCCCCUGGAGGAAGACGAGGACACAUCCAGGAUGGAGGAGGUUGACUAG